AUGGUCAAGCACAACAACGAGGUGCCCAACCAGCACUUCCACAAGAAGUGGGCGAGCUCGUCGCGGGGCCCGCUCAAGGUCAUCACCUGGUUCGACCAGCCGGCGAAGAAGCAGAUCCGGCGGCAGAAGCGCGCGGCCAAGGCCGCCGCCGUCGCGCCGCGGCCCGUCGCGCGCCUGCGCCCGGUCGUCCACUGCCCGACGCAGAAGCACUGCGCCAAGGUCCGCCUCGGCCGCGGCUUCAGCCUCGCGGAGCUCAAGGCCGCGAAGAUCCCCGUGCCCCUGGCCAAGACCAUCGGCAUCUCCGUCGACAGCCGCCGCACGAACAAGAGCGCCGAGUCGCUCGCGGCCAACGUCGCGCGCCUCACGGAGUACAAGGCCAAGCUCGUCCUCUUCCCGAAGAAGGGCACCAAGGCCAAGAAGGGCGACACGGCC